AGAAGAUGAUACUUAUGAUGUCCCAGAGAACGAUGCACAUGAUGAUGAAAUCUAUGACAUUCCUGAUGAUCCAAGUAACAAUGUACCCGCACCUUCAUCUAGGCAGCCACCAAUCAGCCAGCAACACAACAGACAUGGGGUGAAACAAGGUCCUAGGAUUCCACCUGCUAGGACACCCCAGUUUCCCAAGCCAGGGGGUCAUCACCAUACUAUCAACCCUCCAGCCCCGCCCAUUCCAAGCCGGGUGUCGCCUCGACCAAUCACUCCAGAGGAAGAACAGGAGUAUGCAUUUCCAGAUGAAGAGUGCCAAGACUAUAUUGAACCUGAGGCGGGUUCGUCAGGAGAUGAGAAUUAUUUGGAGCCUGAUCUCCAGCCUCCAAGCAGAAACGUCCAGCAGCAUAUACAAAGCAGACGUCUUCCGACCGUCCCUCAAACCGGUGCAGCCCCAGCUCAUGUACCUCCCAGACCUGAAAAACAUAAUAAUCUCCUCUCGGGCUCUGUGGACGCCCCUCCGGUGAUACCCUCCCGACCCCAGGGAGGCCUAAGGGUACACAACCUUGAAGGCAGCUCACACAGCCCCAAACUCAUGCCUGUCUUCCCAAACGGAACAGAGAGCGCAAGACCAGAAUCUUCUAGGUCGCCUCCGCGUGCUAAGCGUAUCCCGACGAUACCCCCAUCAACCAUUGACAAUGAAAACGAAAACGGCAAUGCCUCAUCAGACACGACCUCGCGCCUUGUCCAGAACAUGAAGAAUCGCUUCGAAGUAGAUAAUAACAAUACCGACAGUGCCAGGAGACCGGCGCCUCGUGCCAAGAUCGGCUAUAAACCGACACCCAGCUCACCGACGCAUACCCCAUCUUCUGUUGUCCAAAGACCUGUCACAAAGGGAGGUAACUCGGUGCCCAGGAAACCCGGAAUACCACCAUCGACAUCAUCCACGGCAUCCGUGUCUUCCGUGAGCAGCAGUAGUUCCAGUGGAAGUGAAAGUGGCCCACCAGCUAGACAGCGCAAGGAACCAUGGAAGUCAGAGUCAUGGAAGUCAGAGAUGCCCCCUCUUCCACAAGGAACGAGGAGACCCUCACAGCCCCAGCUUCCUAUGCCCAACCAAUCAUCCGUUCACCAGAUAAACGAGCGACUCGCACCAUCUCAACCAGCCAAACCAGCACCAAGUGGAUCAAGAGCACCCCCUAGCCCUAGCAGAGUACACGUACCUCCAGCACAGCCCCAACAGGUGAAUGAACUAGAAGGACAUCCUUGGUACAAUGGAGGUAUCGGGAGACAGGAGUCUGAAAAAUACCUACACCAGUGCAGGAAGGAUGGUGCAUUCAUUGUGAGGAAUAGCACGCGUGGUGACCCAGCAAACCCCUAUUCUUUGGCUCUGUGGUUCAACGGGCGGGUGAGAAACCUGCAGAUCAGAAAGAGGAAAGAUCAGAGAUACGCCUUAGGGUCUAGGAAGGACAAUGAACUGGCAUUUGACACUCCGGUGCAGCUCAUCGAGCAUCACAUGACCAACUCACUCAUCCUGGCACAAGAUGAAGGUAAAACCAUCCUGAAAGUAGGAGUCCCUAUCUACUGAUGACCCUGGACUGAAAAAAUUGACCAACACCAGAAGUCUACUUGUGGGACUGAGCGCAUAACUGGAUUUAUAUCCCACACACCAUAAAUCUUGCAAUGGGAUUGGUCUAAAUAAGGUCUCAUGACAAAUGAUAGAUUGCCUAUCUUGACAGUUUGAGUGAUAGUAAAAACUAUCACAUAUGUGAUAGUUUUUUUUCUUUCGCUGAUGCCGCAUGGAUCUAUACCAACGUUCAGUGAGUUGAUGUUUCAGAUUGCGCACGUGGGCCACAAGACGAGUCCACUUAAUCAGAAACAGUUUCAGAUCCAUAUGUAGGAAUGGCAGUCAUGGUAAUAGAUAUAUUAUCUAAUUGAUAACAAUGCCUGAAUAAGACCCUAAAAUGGAAAAAGUGGAGCAAGAAGUUGAUGGAAUCAAGACUGCAUCAUAAUAUUGUCCAGGAAGCCAAACAGUUCCCACCAACUUGUAUGCUUUCUACUGCAACCAGUACAAGUACAAUAGUCCAGAAGGUCUCAUCAAGCAGGGCUCCCACUUAGCCGAGUUGGAGCCUCCAUUUGUGGCCAGCUCGCGCGAGCUUAUGGCAAGCAGUUUUAUCAUUAAAACAUAUUUCUUGAUAUCAAGAGUUCAAUUCUUGAUAUCACGAAAACGAAUUUUUGAUAUCAAGAAUUACCAUUGCUUGCCAUAAGCUCGCCACAACUCGAGGCUCCAGCUCUGCUAAGUAGGAGCCCUGCUUAACAAUUAACAGUGUCCUGUACAGCACCGAGCAUGUCCCGGAUUCAACUUCCCAUGGUGAGCGCAUAGGUCACAUGAUGUGGUGCAAUGGUCACCUGAUACCAGUCACCUGAUAAGCAGGAAGUCAUAAGGAAGAGAGCUAAAUGGACUUCAUUCCUCAUCAAGCGAAAUAGUCACGUACUUAGAAAUUGACGUUUGAAAUAAUAUAAAAAAUUAGAAGAUCACAUUCUUCAUGAAGGUAUACAGAAGCAAGGCUUUUUUUUGUAAAGAUAGCGUGCUGUACUGAAGCAAUUUAAAUUGAUAGUUGAUAAUUGAUUGAGCAAAUUCUGAUAUACAGCUGCUAGAAUUGUUUGGUUUAAACAGGGGUAAAGAGGGUUAUAUGUACACUUAGCAUCAAUGCGACUUCAUGAUAAAUUAUAUUUUAUUACUUGAUACAUAUUUCAAAUUAGGAUGUGUAAAAGAAUAUCUUUUGAAAUACUCUUUUUAAUGAUAAUUUGGUUUGACAAUCGGUGCCAACAAUCAUGGUGGUAUGUGACACCAGAUUGCCAAAUGUCUUAGAGUUGUUAUAAUAUCACGCCAAAUAUUGCAGUGGUUGUGUCUUAUUUACAUGAAGCCUUUUACAAGCAUAUUGCCAAACAAAACGAUCUUAAUGUAUGUGUGUGUGAUGUAUCCUUAUAUUCUUCAUAACAAUCUUGCUCCAAAAUAAAAAAUUGUCACUUAUCAAUUUCAUCAACUCACUAAUACAUGUAUGUUUAAAAAUUUAUAUCAUUGUUUUUUUGUUUUUUUUAUAGUUAUUUUUCACAAGUAUCUUUUGAAUAAAUGAGGUGUUAUACCUCUGAUACUGCAUGUCGCUGUAUUAUUAGUCUCACAACUUGCAGUGUGGGUGGUAACAUUUGUGAGAACAGCUCGUAAGAGGGAAUAAAUCAUUGUAAUGUUGAUACGGGGGAGGCGCGUAGACCUAUACUGACUGCAGCAGUAAUGGGCAGUGUGUUUAAAAUGUACCAAAAAGUACAUUUAAUCAUUGUUGUUGUAAAAUCAUAUAAUUCACAAUAAUUCACAGGGCAAGCUUUUCAUAAUUCUGCUUCUGAUAUGUACUUAUGAAUUGAUACAAGCGUAUUUACUUCUUUUUGAGUUAAAGAUUUACAAGUUUCUUUGAAAAUAUUUCUCUUUCUUUCAUAUUUCAAGACAAUUUGUUUUCUCACUCUGAUACUUGCAGUGUGUUCAAUAUGUACUUAUAGAAUGGUAUGGGUAUACUGUUUUAAUUUGUAAGAUUCACAGACUUAACAAUUGUACCAUUUGACUGUCGAUGUUUAUGUUAUCAAAAGUGAGGAAAUAUAUCAAUUUUUAUUUGCUUUCAACUGUCUACUAGUUGUGCUUUCGCUUUCAAUUUUAUCAUCUUCAACCAAACCAUUUUUUCAAUGCAAUUUGUAGGUGUUAAAAUGAUAAUAGUGACUUUUUAUUAAAAUGCUUGCAAGUAAGUCACUUUCCUGUAUACCAUAGUUGCUUUCAUAUUGAUAUUGGUAAUAACACUGGCAUUUGAGAAACUUGUUAUUUUUAAAUGAUUUGUAAACAUUUUCUUGUACUACAACCUGUUAAAGGUCUGCCACAUUAUUUUUUAACAUGUAAAUUAAUCGGUUUACUAUUCUCUGUCAGAGAAAGUGUAUGUUGUAGAACCCGUCUAUAAGGACCACCUUGUCUACAGUUAUCAUUGUAGCGGAGGGGGGAGUUCCAUUGGCAUUUGUAGACAGUUUGGACUGGAGGUAGAAAAUUAAGAAUUCUGUGCUUGGUGUAGAUGACUUCAUCCAAAAAAGUUUGGGUGAUAUUUAGAACCGAUUUUUAAAAGACAAUGACAUAUUUUAAAAGGUGUAGUAUAUCAGGAUUGGCAUUCUAAGGGUGGUUUUGAGACAAAAUUGCUAACUAACUGUAUGUUAUGACAGUUUUUAAAAGUUUUUUUUAAAGAAAGAAGCAGAGUUAUGCUGAAUGUGGGAUAGUGACUUUGGUAUAACGUCUGGCUUACCCUAGCUUAACCUGUAGAUGUUUUUGUUUUGUUUUGUUUUUUUUGCUUUGUUUUGUGUGACAAUCAGAUAGAAAGCAAAUGGUACUGAGAGCACCAUGUAAGAUUUGAGAGGAAUGAACUCAUUUAGGAAAUAAAUUUCUAUCCCAAUAGGCUACAUUGAUAAUUUUUUUUCUCUCAAUGAUGCAUUCUUUGAGCAAUAUAUGCCUUCAAAGCAAUACUGUUUAUAUGGAUAAUGCAGCUCGUAGAUUGCCAAUUUGAAGAUUGAUGCUUAUUUUUGUAUAGCUAUUCUACAUUUCGAAACGCAUUUCAUACUGCACUUUAAAACGACUCUACUUUUGCAGCUAUUUUUGCUCCUGUAUCAGCAAAAAGUGAUCCUUAUAACACAUUUACUACUGAAUUAUCUCAUUUCCAUUUUUCUGAAUAAAGGAGCCCCACGAUUUCAUUGGCAAUGAGUUCACUGUUGUAUCUGGAUUGCUGGAGUAUGGGUACGAAAAUAGUAAUUGAGAUUAAAAACUUCUGAUGUAAAAGACAUUAAUGCACUUUUUUCUUGCCUGGAAUGAAAAUUAUUAAGCUUUGAAGAACAGGUCUAAAAGGUGUAUUAGCAUGUGACAGGCAAUUUUUGCUGUAUUUCAUUCUCAUCUUUCACAAGUUAUGUUGUUCAGAUAUAUUUUUUAAGAAGUUAGUUUAGUGGUAGAUAUUUAGUUAGAUGUGAUAUGAUGAAAAUUACCUAAAGAUACACACAUAGAUUUGGGUUCAACGUUUGGCAACUGUGUCUUUGCACAUUGCAAGUUAGCAUGAAGGUAUAGAUUAUAUAAUAUAGCUACUAUUUAGAAUGACAUAUGAAGAAAGGAUAUAGAUACCUAAAUCCGUUUCGUAUUUGAAAUACUCCGAAAUGUAGUUUUAUUUGUAUUUUUCUAUUUGUGUGUUCCAUUGAUAUGCUGCUUUAUGUUGCUCCAAAGGCCAAUGAUUAUAGCCAGAAGGCUCUUGAUCAUACACUAACAAAUGCCUACUUAAAAUUGAUUUACAAUUGUAUGUUAUCACAAAUAUGUUUCACAAAUAGCACACUGUUUAUAUGUGACCUGUCUCUUUCAAUUCAAUACUGAAUAUUUGUUAUUUACUAAUUAUGGAAAUAUGCAACUUUGAAUUAUAGGAGAGGGGAGUGGUAUUUUUGUAUGAAUGUUCAAGUCUUUUUACAAUGUUUUAUAUAUAUAGAAAAAAUAUGUAUACCUUUCAUAUGUCGAUCUUGUAUAGAUGAUGCUAUAUAUGUAAUUAUUGAUAUCUAAACAUAUGUUUUGUAGACCCAAACCCCUAUUUUGUAUAAUUGUAUACAAACUCUGAUUUUAUUUUUUAUUUUUGCUCGAUUGAAAUGAAGCCUUGUAUAAAAUAAUGUUACUCUGUAAAUGAUCCACUUCAUAUUAAUUAUUCAAUGCUGAAAAUAAAACUUGUACUCAGAUCAAACAUAAA